CUCAGGGGGUCCUGCAAAUGUCUGUGUGUCCGUCCGAUCCAGCCCCAGGCGCGCAAAGGGGCGGGUGCGUGUGUGUGGAUCGGUUGCAACGUAGCCCGUGUUGCAUAAGUGUGUGUGUCCGUCCGCGUCCUGCACGAUGUGUGUAGCGGGGGGGUGCUGAGAGCCAUGGACCCCAACUGCAGACCCUGCCUAUGGAAACCGCUUCCAGGCAGGGGGGUGGCAGCUUCCCCCUGCCCCCCUAGUGCCAGCAGCUGUAUUGCCCAUGCAGAUGUAUCCCUGCUUGGCAUCUUCCCACGGGAGCACCAUCCUGUGCUGUUGCCACCCCGCAGUGCUCAGCUGAUGGCUGAGGAUGGCGGGGCCGUGGGCCUUGCCAAUGGGGAGGCCAGGAGCCCCUCCGACACCGUCCAGGAGACCAGCUGGCCCGAGGACGAUGAGGUCUUUAUGACGGAGCGGCUGAGCCCCACCGCCAUGGCCACGUUCAGACCCGGCAACGUGGAGGAGCUCUACGAGCUGCUGGAGAAGCUGGGCAGACUUGCUGUACAUCUUGUGUCCCAUAGGGGGCGAAGAGAGUCAGGCAGUGGAUGCAAAGUGACUAUUCUGUAUUUCUAUUUUUUUUUUCUCCUCCAAGCUCCCGAAGUGAUUAACUACGAGCCCCUGAGCUCGGCGACAGACAUGUGGAGCAUCGGCGUUAUUACCUAUAUCUUGCUGAGCGGGAUGUCCCCGUUCCAGGGCGAGACGGAUGCCGAGACCCUCUCCAACGUCGUCGCUGGCAACUACGAGUUCGAGGAAAAAUUCUUCAGCGAGACCACCGAUAUGGCCAAGGACUUCAUCCGGCAGCUGCUGGUGAAGGAGCCCCGGAAUCGCAUGAGCGCGGCCGAGAGCCUCGUCCACCCGUGGAUCAAGCCCCUGAGCCGGAAGCAGGCCACCAACCGUAGCCGCUCCUCCAUCAACAUGAAGAACUUCCGCAAGUUCAACGCCCGCAGGAAAUGGAAGCUCUCCUACAACAUGGUGUCUGCCUGCAACCGGCUCUGCCACCUGAAGCUCUUGUGUGGCCAGAAGAAGGAGGAUGAGACUCUGCGCGGCUGCGAGAGCGACCAGGAGGAUGAAACCACCCACCCGGUGACGCUGCUGCGCCGGCGGAGAAGCAGCUGCUCUUGAGACCCAGCCCCCAACCACAGACUCCAGCAUGCGCCCACUGCCCCACACCCACCCUCUGCGUCAGAGGUGGGGAAAGGCCCUGGGAGAUCAGAUGCCCCGGGCUCCACCCCGGCAGCUGGGCUCUGUCCGCCGAGGCCCGGAUGGCGGGAAGGAGCAUUGACUUUGGUCGGCGGGGACCAGCUGGGAGUGGGGGGGGGGGCUGGAAAUGGAAUUCCCCACCCCACCCCAUGCCCCUCUCUGUCUGGAUGCCUGAGGACAGGGAGUUGGCUGCGGAUGGAGCUGGUGAAAGGGGAACACGUGUCAGCAGGAGAGGCUGGGGCAAUGCCCGCAGCCCCUUGGCACCCAGUCACCGUGUCUGUGGGGCGAGAUAUUGGGGGUGUGGGAGAAGAGAUCCCGCUAUUAACCCUUUCAUUAUUCAAACAGAGCCCCCACCACCACCACCACGAGGGCCUUUCAGGGUGCAUUUGCUGUACCCCUCUUAUGCUUUCCAAUAGGAAACCCCCCUGUGUGGCUGUUCUCUCUGGCACUUGUGGGGUUAAUUGGAACCCCCCCCCCCUUCAGACAUUGUGUUCCGGAACUCAUGGGGUUAAUAUGAGUCUCUUCCCUCCCCACUCCACCGUGCCUGCUGUCCCCCAGCAGUACCCUGGCGGGGGGAUGGAUGGCGGCUCGGCUGGGUGCCAGGUACCUUUACCCAGCUGUUGAGGGGCAGCCAGAGAGCCGGGUGGGUGCCCCUUCCCCAGCACCCCACACUUGCAUGCUGGCCUAAGGCGCAUGGCAGGCCAGACCCCCCUCCCUCCCCCCCCAGCUGCCCAGGGAAGAUCUGCCCAGUUCAUUUCCCCCUCUGCCUGAUUAUUUUUAAAUAAAUAAACGUGCCAAGCGUC